GAGUGCUGAGGGGAGAGAAGGAGGGAGGCAGAACCCAUCCAUUCCCCGUGCAAAGAUACGGAAUUGCAGCCCCUCACUGACUCCCAGGAUCUGUUGGACCCUCCGGCACCAGGAAUGCCAGAUGACAGAAUGCAGGAGGAUGAACGGCAUAGGGGGCAAUUUCUCUGACUGCCUCACUUUCCUACAGCAGGCACAGCAGGGCAGGAGCAGGUAGAGAGGGCAGCGGGCAGGCAUGCCAAGCACACCCAGAUAAAUGCGGUGGGGCAGAAGAUCAGCUGAAAGGGAGACACCAAGGGGCACAAAGACAUUGUAUAAGGUGUGAGCUGGGGGCUGCCCAUGCCCUGGAGAUGCCAUGCCUGAGCACUGCUGACUGAUGGUAGCCUACAGCUGCCCCACAAUGCCACCCAUGUAGGAGCCCAAGCCCCACUGUUGCUAUACAGACUGCUGACACAACUGGAGCUCCAACCACCGAACAGCUCCAAUUCAGUUACGUGGUGCCCGGCCCUCUUUCCAUUUCACCUACACCAUUGGACCUUUGCCACCUCCCUGCUGUGUUGCUGUCCCAGGUGUACAUGCUCAGAUUCUGGAAUCAGCCUUUGGGCUUUUGGCUACUGAAUACUUAGCCAUUUCAAGAUGGCGGCCGGGGUGGCUACCUGGCUCCCUUUUGCUCGGGCAGCAGCAGUGGGAUGGCUUCCUCUGGCAAAGAGGCCUAUGCCCAAACCUCCCAGUGACAAACGCAUGAAAAGUGAUGAGAUUCUGGUGGUGAAUGUGAGUGGCAGGAAAUUCCAGACCUGGAAAAACACCCUUGACCGCUACCCGGACACCCUGCUGGGCAGCACCGAGAAAGACUUCUUCUUCAACCAAGACACCCAGGAAUACUUUUUUGACCGCGACCCUGAGAUGUUCCGGCACAUCCUGAACUUUUAUCGCACCGGCAAGUUGCACUACCCCCGCCACGAGUGCAUCCAGGCCUUUGAUGAGGAACUGUCCUUCUACGGCAUUAUUCCCGAAAUCAUAGGAGACUGUUGCCUAGAAGAGUAUCGAGACCGCAAGAAGGAGAACCUGGAGCGGCUGGCAGAGGACACAGAAGCAGAGACAGCCGGUGACACCCCGUUGCCCCCUGACAGCACCUUCCGCCAAAGACUCUGGAGGGCCUUUGAGAACCCUCACACCAGCACCAUGGCUCUUGUCUUCUAUUACGUGACUGGUUUUUUCAUAGCUGUGUCAGUCAUUGCCAAUGUGGUGGAAACAGUGCCCUGCCGCCCCCCAGCAGGGCGCUUGAAGGAACUACCGUGUGGGGAGAAAUAUAAUUUGGCUUUUGUCUGUAUGGAUACGGCCUGUGUCCUUAUCUUCACCUUUGAGUACCUCAUGCGCCUGUUUGCGGCUCCGAGCCGCUGUAAAUUUAUGCGCAGUGUCAUGAGUAUCAUCGAUGUUGUGGCCAUCAUGCCCUUUUACAUUGGUCUGGUAAUGCCAGAGAAUGAGAACGUCAGCGGUGCCUUUGUCACUCUUCGAGUUUUCCGCGUCUUCCGUAUUUUUAAGUUUUCCCGUCACUCGCAGGGGCUGCGCAUCCUCGGCUACACGCUGAAGAGCUGCGCCUCUGAGCUUGGUUUCCUGCUCUUUUCCCUCACCAUGGCCAUCAUCAUCUUUGCCACUGUUAUGUUUUAUGCAGAGAAGGGGACAAGCAAGACCAAAUUCACCAGCAUCCCUGCAGCCUUCUGGUAUACCAUCGUCACCAUGACAACCCUAGGGUACGGCGAUAUGGUUCCGGACACUAUAGCAGGGAAGAUAUUUGGAUCUAUCUGUUCGCUCAGUGGGGUUCUGGUCAUUGCCCUGCCCGUCCCAGUCAUUGUCUCAAACUUCAGUCGCAUCUACCAUCAGAACCAGAGAGCUGACAAGCGCCGGGCACAGCAAAAAAUCCGACUCGCCCGAAUCCGACUGGCAAAAAGUAACACUACAGGCGCCUUCCUGCGCUACAAGGAGAGCGGCGGCCUGGAGGAGGGCACUGAGAGCCACGCCCUGUGUGUGAAGAAUCGGUCAGCGUUUGAGCUACAACAUCAUCACCUCCUGCACUGCCUGGAGAAGACCACAUGCCACGAGUUCACAGAUCAGCACACGUACAGCGAAGCUCUCAUGACCGAAUCCAUUGGCUACCGGACCAGCCGCAGCACUUCAGUCUCCUCCCAGCAAGGCUUUGGCACAUCGUGCUGCCCGCGCCGGAACAAGCGGCGUGCCAUCCGCCUUGCAAACUCCACCGUCUCUGUCAGUCGUGGCAGCAUGCAGGAGCUGGAAACUCUACAUGUGCACAAGGGUCUCUCCCAAAGCCGCUCCAGCCUUAAUGCCAAAACGCACGGGAACAUGAAGCUGAAUUGUGAGACAUCGGACCUUACGGCCGCCAUCAUUAGCAUUCCCACCCCCCCGGCCAACAGCCCAGAUGAGAGUCAGCCCUCCUCCCCGAGCUCUGGGGUCCUGAGAAACUCCAGCAUCACAGCCAGAUACUACCAGGAAACCGUCCGGAUCUCCAGCCUGUAGCGCCCGACCCCACCGCACACUAACGACACAACCGCACUGUGAGCAACAAUCUGCACCACAUGCCCAGAUAUGUAACCCACACCGUGACUCUAAAUAGCACAGUCCUACAACACUGCCUCCACACACACCACUGGGUAACACAAGGGCAGGACACAACACUGACACACCAUUGGGUAAUACAAGGGCAGAACACAACACUGACCCACUGACACACCACUGGGUAACACAAGGGCAGGACACAACACUGACUCACUGACACACCAUUGGGUAACACAAGGGCAGGACACAACACUGACUCACAGACACACCACUGGGUAACACAAGAGCAGGACACAACACUGACCAACCGACACACCAUUGGGUAACACAAGGGCAGGACACAACACUGACCCACUGACACACCACUGGGUAACACAAGGGCAGGACACAACACUGACCCACUGACACACCAUUGGGUAACACAAGGGCAGGACACAACACUGACCCAC